CUGCACCAAUGAUUUAUGGUGGGGGAUCUGGAGUCCCCAGCCGUUAGUUAUUACAGGGAUCAAGCUUCUUAUUAUAGCACAACCGUUAGCACAACCGUAACCCACCCUACCUGUUUGCAGGCGGCCCCAAUUGCCAAGUCCCCGCCACAUAGCUCAAUCGCCGACGCCCAAUAAACACUCAAUUGGGGACAAGACCGCCAAAGCAGUGAUCUCCAACGUCACCUCCUUGAUUGAAAGAGGAGAGAAAGACAAUGUACGAAGAUUCCUGGUACAGCUUUGUACCGGAAGUACAGAACAAAAAGACAAGCUCUUCCCAGGGUCAAGGAACACACCGUAGGAAAGAAUCUUUGCUGCAGCAACCGAAUGGCCCCAAUAAAACCUCGGACGUGGUCAAUCCCCUCGCCGGCGUCGAUGAGGAGAGCGAAGAUGACAGCCCGCCCGAGCCGGCGCUGAGCCGGCGCGCAAAGUCCUACUCCGACUUUUACGAUAUCGUGCGGGAGCACCUCGCCGAUGGCGCAACCAAAAAACGGAAGAAGAGAAAGCAAAAGAAGGAAAGGAGCCUGGAAGGGCUGUCCGUACCAGAAUCAGCCCAGAGCCAUACCCUCACGACAGGAGAUGACCCGUUCGACACCGAUGCGUGGCGGGAGCUCGAGGACGAACUCCUCCAGGCGAGCCAAGGAGAGUACACAACGUACCGCGACAAGCUGGCGCUGACUGAAAGGCACCUCGACACGCUCAUCGAGGACACGGAUGGCGCGCUCGAGAUACUGGCUUCCCUGGCCGAGUCGUUCCGCGCGGUUGAGGAGCAGACCUCGUCCUUCAAGGCGCAGUGCGACGACCUGCUCUCGGAGCAGCGGAGGCUGGAGAAAAUUGCCGACGACGUCCGCUCCGACUUUUACUAUUACGCUUACCUGGAAGAGGUCACGCGGCGGCUGAAUGCACCCGGUGCAAGCCGGCUGGCGGAUGGGGCACCGUUUGCUGAGAUGCUGACCAAUUUAGAGGCCUGCAUUGAAUUUAUGUCAUCUCAUACCACAUAUCGUGAUGCCGAAUCAUACCAGGCACGCUAUCAAGCUCUGCUCACCAAAGCAUUGCAUUUACUUGAAGUCGGUUUCACGGCGCUUCUGGACAAAGUCUCUGGGGAGAUAUCCAAGCAGAUCGCAGCAACCCAGUCCGAGUCUGCUCGUCACGCGCUUGCGUACGGUCGCUUUGAGGAGAUGAUGUUAGAUUCCUACUCGUUAAUACCCAACAUUCAAAAGGUAGUGGGCGAGGCCUAUGACCGCUUGGGAAACCCCAAGUCUGGCUUAUGCGCCGACACCUAUGCCAACACCGCCGACAACAUGUUCCGGUCCUACCUUUCCGCGCGUGACCGAGAUUUGAAACCACUCAGCCAGGCCGACGUUGAGACGCUAAAGAAGGAGGCAGCGGAGGAGUCGAUCGAGACGGCAUCGCGCAACUACGUCAAGCAGUGCUUCGAGCGGUCGCACAACGAGCUCCUCCUGUUUGCGCGCGUCUUCGGCCUGGAGCCGCAGUACAGUACUGACCAAGCGUCAGCGUUUGCGACCAUCAAGGCCCACCGCGGCGACGCCGUCAGUGCCAUCAACGUGGCGCCCAUAGCCACCAAUCUGCAGGCCGUCCUGGCGCCCGUCGAGCUCCAGACACUCUGCGAGGUCAUUGGCUGGAUGACUGACGAGUAUCUGACCAUCGACUACGACGAGAUUGACGAGAGCGACAUGUCAGUCGCGCUGCACCGCCAGGAGAUGACGGCCAGGGUACUGGGUGAGCACUUGUGGCAGUUCACCGACGGUGUGUUCGAAGCCGAGGUGGCUAAGCUCAUCAGCAAGGCGCCUGUAGUGCCCGAGUCUCUGAAGAUCGAGCCGGCCGUAGCAGGGGGUGGUGCGUCGUCAAAUGCGUACCCGCCUGUCAAGACGGCGCUACGACUGCUUGUCUUGUUUGAUCAGUGCAUGCCCAAGGAGAGAUGCCAAGGAAGCAGUCCGGUGGUAUACAAGAUCGUGACGGAAUCAAUAGCGGCACUCCAUCGCGCCGAAGCACGGAUCAAGUCCAUCAAAAACGGCACAGACGCGGACUUGUUUAUGAUCAAAAACCUACUGAUCCUCAAGAACGAGCUGAUGACGCUAGAGAUUGGCGACGUAAGGAAUGGCCAGGGUGCAGGCAUGGAACACUUUGGACAGAUAUGGAACACGCUCUCGGCUGCGCAGGGCUGGGUGGGCUACUUUAGCAGCUUCAUCCCGGGCGCAUCGCUGUUCUCGCGCGGAUCACCGGCGCCGGGAGGGGGCGGGGGUACACCCGCGCUCGGGGCUCCAGGGAGUGGUGCGCAGGCCGGCGCCAACGGAGCGCAGACCCAGGACGCCGGCGAGCAGCUGGACGAGCUACUGCGACAGUCCAUUUAUGCCUUUACGCGGAAAUGGGGAGCGUUGGUCAACGAGGCACAGUCGCGGAGCAAGCUGGGCGGUAAGAAUAUGGCCAAGGUUGAGAGGGAGCUGGAGGACCUUCUCCAGACUGCGUUUAGCAACCAGCCAGAGGUCAUAGCGAAGUUGAAAGAGGCCAUCCAGAUCAAUGCGCAGGCGCAAGGGGAGAAGGGGAGCAAGGUUACACGCGUAUGAAGCUUAGUAUAAGUGUGUUUGCACAAAAGAUUUCUCAUCACUACUUCGCCCGACAGUCUGUGGGGUUACAGCAUUUCCAAACUCUCCAAAGCACCGUCCGCAUCUUGGACACUAUCAGCUACAUCCGAUUCCAUAUGCCUGGUCCACAAAGCUGGCGGAAGUUCUGCUAUAUGGGCAAUGGGAGGUGCCUUUCUCAAAAUCAAAUCUGAUUAUAACCCAGCACGAACGCGGGACCACGUCACCCUGGCUUACAUUAAAGGUUUGGGCCCCAAGUUUGCCAUUCCGAACGUCAUUUUUUCAUGCCGAGUGGGCUGGGCCUCAGUAUUUGGUCUUGUCGAGAGUGACUGGGUUCACACUGUCUGAUGCAUGAGCAGAGAUGGAUAUGUUAGACGGAG